CUGCGGCUCAUUUAGAGAAUGGCUGCGGCCGCGGCGGGUGGCUCUUCCUCAGCCGCCUCUGCCUCGGCCGCCGCCGCCACCGGCACUGGCUCAUCCUCCAAGCCUCCACCGACCCCGCCGACUCCUAGGGAGCACUCAGCGCCACGCCACCCACCGCAGCUGAGGAAGCGGGGCGACCCCCGGCGCCGACAGGCCGCUCUCUUUUUCCUUAAUAACAUCUCGUUGGAUGGCCGGCCCCCCAGUCUCUUCCCUGGCGGCGAGAAGCCCCCGCCGCAGAUUCAAGAUGAGAGCUCGUCCGGACAGGCGGCGGCGGCCGGGGAGUCCCCAGCCGGGCACCCGCUGCCUCCCUCCGCCGUCGGGCCGUCCCGUCCCGGGGCCCCCAACGGGCCUCCCCCAGCCCCGGCCCUGCUCUUGCAGCUGCCCAAGGACAGUUCCCUGCCGCCGGCCCGCGGCGAAGCCGAGCCCUCGGGUGCCCGAGGCGGCGUCUUCCUGCCCCCGCUGCUGCUGCUCGGGAGUCAGCUGGGUUCGCCUGCCCCGCUCACCGCGCCCCCCGCCGCCGCUGGUGGGGCUGCCGCCGCCGCGGCUAUGUCCGGGCUAGGGGGCAAGGGUGCUCCCUCAACUCCGCAGGGGCUCCUCAGCCCCACGCAGACGAGCACUGGCUUCACCUUGGAGGUCCAGCGGCAAAGAAGGCGUUUUAUCUCCCAGCGCUGUUCUCUAGAAUUUUUAGAAGACAUAGUGGAAUAUGCCACUGUACAAAGAACCAAACAUAUAUCUGGAUCACCAAGACACAAAGGCUUGAAGAAGACUCAUUUUAUUAAGAACAUGAGACAAUAUGACACAAAAAAUAGCAGGAUAGUUCUGAUUUGUGCUAAAAGGUCCUUGUGUGCAGCAUUUUCUAUUUUGCCUUAUGGAGAAAGCAUUCGGAUUAAUGACAUAAAGGUAGAAAGCCAGAAACAGAGGCAUCCAUCUGGUGGGGUUUCAGUAUCUUCUGAAAUGGUCUUUAUGUUGGAAGGAGUUGAGCUUGGUGCUGAUGGAAAGGUAGUAUCUUAUGCAAAAUUUUUGUAUCCUACAAAUGCCCUUGUCACACAUAAAAGUGAUAAUCACACUGCAGCAUCCCAACCCCGAUCCAGCGUUCAACGGACUCUGCCUGGGUCAAGAUACAAAUCUGCCACAGCUAAAUCUGUGCCAUCAGGCACAGAAUUAGGGAGUGAGACAGGUGAUUCAAUAGAAUAUAAUCCUAAUCUCCUUGAUGAUCCUCAGUGGCCCUGUGGGAAACACAAGCGUGUUCUUAUCUUUGCAUCAUAUAUGACCACCGUGAUAGAAUAUGUGAAACCUUCAGACCUUAAAAAGGACAUGAAUGAAACUUUUAAAGAGAAGUUUCCUCACAUCAAACUUACAUUGAGUAAAAUUAGAAGCCUAAAACGGGAAAUGAGGAAUCUCUCUGAAGAAUGCAACCUCGAACCAGUUACCGUGUCAAUGGCUUAUGUUUACUUUGAGAAGCUUGUCUUACAAGGCAAGCUCAACAAACAGAACCGCAAACUGUGUGCUGGUGCUUGUGUGCUCCUUGCAGCAAAGAUCAGUAGUGACCUCAGGAAAAAUGAAGUAAAGCAACUUAUUGAUAAGUUAGAAGAACGCUUCAGAUUCAACCGAAGAGAUCUAAUUGGAUUUGAAUUUACAGUGCUUGUGGCUCUGGAACUAGCUCUAUACCUUCCUGAAAACCAAGUUUUACCUCAUUAUAGACGUCUCACCCAGCAAUCCUAGCCCAAGUGUGUUCCACCUAACAGUUGACAGGAAGAUUUACAGAAUGCUUUGCUGCUGAAUGACUUCCACUUCCCACUAAUCUUUUCUGUGCCCCUAUUACAUCACAACUUUCAGUUAGUUAAAAUGUAUGUUCUCUUAGUGGCAUAGUUGAGUAUUUGUUGGGUGACAACAGGUUUGUUGGCACAGAAAGGAUUAUUUCCUUUAGACACUAAAGCACAAGUAAUUCCUGAUGUAGUUGUCACUGUGGCUGUUCAUUCUUCCCUUUAAAGGAUGUUAUGUUAUUGUUCCUUUGAAAGAUACUUUUUUUUAAAUUGUUCAUUAUUACUUCCAUUCCAAAAUGUCAUACUUUAAAUGGUAUUGGAAAUUUUUCCUGCAUUUUUUAUAUGAACAAAAUGUACUUUUUUUUAAAUGUGCCUGAAACUGGUCUGGUACCAGAAUCUUUUUGUUGCGUAAGUUAUAAAUUCUAUAAUUAUAUAGUGUUUUAUCCUUUACCUGCAUUUGCCUUGCAUUCAGAAAGAAUUCUGUGGCUGUGUUAGCAAACAAUGGGAUCUGGAUUUCUAGAUCUUGAACAAUGGCUUCAUCAGUGAUGAAAUUAUUAAUUUAUUUAAGCAUUAAUACAUUGAUAAAGGGAUAGUUAAAAUUUUAGAAUGUUAAAUGUUAAGGAUCUCAUCAUGCAAUCAUACUUGAUGAAGGUAAUUGCAGUCAAGCGACUCUAAAGAACUGUAGAAGUGUUUUGGCUUAAAGGGUGAUUUGCUGUUUGUCACUUCAGGAUGUUCUCUGCCAUUAUAGUACCCAAAGCAAAGUCCCUUUCUGACUACUUUCUGCACGCAGUUCUCCCAAGUGUCAGCAAUUAUAGUUUUUGCUAUCAAAUUAAGCCAAUGAAACAAGAUCUGAAUUUUUUUAUUGUAUUUUUUUACUCGAAUUCUGUUCUUCCAAGCAUCGUGCCACUGUGAUGUUCCUCUUGAAAUUGGCAUGUUGCAUAUCCAAACAAACCCUUGUGAGACUCAAGUAUAAUGUUUAUAUACAAUUGUGAAGAGUGGGCAGGAAAAAUGACAUCUAAUUCAAGUACUAAACAAAUGUUUGGAUAAAAUAUGCAACAGUUUGGUCCUAUAGUAGUUACUUGCUAAUUCUUGCAUUGUUUCUUCUAAGCAAUAUUGUGAUUGAGAAAAUUGGUAUUCAUUUUAAUUUUUGCAAGAGAACAAAAAUAAUUGGAUUUUUUGAUUAAGGAAUUUACUUAAGACCAACUUGAAUACCAUACCUUGCUCUGGAAGAAAGAGGGAGUUACUCUUAAAAGUACUGUAAACUUCAGUUUUGCCUGUUUUGACUACAUUAUAUAUUGUACACGUAUUAUCAAAUUGUGUACACAGUUUUGUAAACGCAUAGGUUACACGUUAAUUGCUGCAAAUUUCAAAUAUUUGAUGUUGUCUCUUACAUAGUAUGUAGUAUAGUGACACCAACUGGUCAUAAACUUAAUCUUUUAUUAAUUGGUAUGCAACAUAUGAUCAGUAUUCAGGUCAGUCUUAUCAAAUGUCUUUGAAAAAUUAACUCGCAUGAGAAAAACAUGUAGCAGAGUUCCACACAGUUGAAAAGCAUGCUGACAUAUAAGAUCUGAAAAAAAGUUCCUUUACGAGGAAAACUAAAAAUAUUUAUUGCCUAGAAAUCACAUCUAGAAGGGGCCAGAGUAUUGGCCAGUCUUAUCAGGCCAAACAAUUUAGGCCUCUCAAGUGCUGGUUGCUAUUGUAACUAGCAAUUUGCAAUUUACCAGUCCCAUGAAGCCUAAGUCUUUGAACAUAACUAUAAGACUUCCCCAUCCCUACCUAGUCAUUUUCUCAAACACAUCAUUCCAGACUACUACUUCCCUUUGCCUUUUCUAAACUAUCUCCCAGCUGUUUAAAGAUAUCCCAUUUCCUAUUGAAUUUAUAUUUCACUGUAUAACAUUUGAGUACUGAACUAGUUUUGACAGUUGUGGGCACCACAAGGUAAGGAUCAGCAUAGAACAGCUAUCAUUUAUCAUCAGUUGCCUGACACAAUACUAUCAAUCUAGCUGAAGUAGCUUUGCAAUUAUCUACAAAUUAUGGAAGCUACAGAAACUGUGCUAUGCUCAAGUACUAUUUUAUGGGCCAGUGUUUUUAGUUAAUGAGCCAAUAACAAUCCUAUUUCUAUAAGCACCUUAAACUUGUUUUCCCCCAUGAGGUUGUCCCUUUACCUACUUUACUAACCCAGCCUGAUCUUAGGUUAUUACACUAAGGUUAUCACCUGUUUGGCUGGUCUCAGUAACAUGAAAUUAUGUAUACCUACUGUGCAUUGAGUCUUCUAAGUUAUGCCAUUGAAAUUUUCUCAAAAGGGUACUUAUAAAAUAUGUACAAGCACUGUAAGGGUCCGAUUCCCAAAUAUUUGCUCUAUGGUUUACAAUGUAUACUUUAGGUACUUUCCUCUAACCAUCCUGUAUAGUCAAUAGUGAAACUGUUGGCAAAUACAAUAAUUUUAAUUGUGUGUGUGUGUGAAUGUGUAUAUAUAUAGUUUUAAAUUUUAGCUGCCAAAUUGGUUUUAUAUAACCUGUUUGGCUCAAAAGCCUUGUUAUGAUAAACGUACCCUUUUUAGUAAUAUAAAAGCUGCCACUGUGUGGUAGCACAAAAUUACUGCAACAAAGCCAAUAUUUAAACCAAAAUUAAGCCCUAAAACUUUUCAAAGGAAAAAAUGUUGAAAUGUUUGAGCUGUCUGUCUGUUUUAAGUAUUUGGGUUUGUGGCCAUAAACAUGUAGUGCUGCUUUCUUUCAGCACAACUGCACUAGGUUAAUGUAAAUUUGUGUAAACUUUAGUUUUAAAUGUCAUUGUAUUUGAGGCACUUGUAAUUGGUCUGUUUUCAAUAGUAAGAUAAUGAAUUUGUGAAAUUUGAGAUGCUGUGAAAUAAAACUUGCUUUUGAUAUAA